GAUUUUUUACGCUGCCAUUUUGUCCGGCAGAGCAGCAGCCAGUCAGUCAGUUCGUAAAGGGAAUCCACCGGCGAGACUUCACCGGAGCAGCACCGCACUGGUUCGACUGAGGGGGGCAGAGGAAGAAGCUGUGUGAGGCGGCGGCUCCCCAGCACCAACCGAGCUCCAGGACCGCCAGGGGAAAGGACCGCGCUCAGGGAGUUGUCAUUUUUCAACUUGCCGGGUCCGCGCGCGCUCCGGCCGGCUGGGACGUCGGCUAACACCGCUAGCUCUUCGGCUAACCCCGUCAGUGGAAACGGCGUCGCUCCGGCUGUCACUUUUCACGCCAUGGCUGAGCAAACUUCCAACUAUGUCCACUUCAAUUUUGAGCCACUUUUUUUCACCCGAGCGGGACUUUAAGGAAAACUUUGCCACACAAAAGUGAAGUGUUAGCUUAAAAAAAAAGCUUAAGCUAAUAAGUUGACGUGGAAGAAAACAGUUUUUUUCCUCCUUCACAUUUUCUGAAUUGUUGGCGUUUUUCUCGCUCUGCUUUCAAAGGGAUUACUCGUCUUUUUCCUGGUUGAAUGUAACCCAACCUUUCAGGUGAAUCCAAACUGUCGGUUCGCUAUGUUCUUUUGUGGCCAGAAAGUAAUCCUAAGUGUUUCUGAAUUCCUCAGUGGGACUCUUUCCUGGUUCGCGCACUGCAACGGAAACAUUAGCUAACACAGACUAGCUUACAUUAGUGUGUUUUGAUUCCUCGCAAGAUAAGUGGAAGAAACAGCCGCAAAUUGUUCUAAGUGAAGAGAAAUUAUUUUAUUGCACCGAAAGAAAGGACACCCAGCAUCCUGAAAGCCAGCCAUUCACCUUAGGGUGUGUGAUUGAAACCUCUCCGUGACAGAACAGGUUUCUUCGUGCUUUUUUUGUGGACAAUAGUGAAGCGAUGUCGGGCCAAUCUAUCACGGAUCGGAUCACAGCGGCUCAGCACAGCAUGACUGGCUCUGCCAUCAGCAAGGCUGUGUGUAAAGCCACCACGCAUGAAAUCAGCGGACCCAAGAAGAAACACCUCGACUAUCUAAUCCACUGCACCAAUGAGAUGAACGUGAACAUUCCCCAGCUGGCGGACACGCUUUUUGAGCGCACUGCCAACUCCAGCUGGGUGGUGGUCUUCAAAGCCCUCAUUACCACCCACCACCUCAUGAUGUACGGCAACGAGCGUUUCAUCCAGUACUUGGCCUCCAGAAACACCCUGUUUAACCUGAACAACUUCUUGGAUAAAGGAGCCCUGCAAGGUUACGACAUGUCAACUUUUAUCAGACGGUACAGCCGCUACCUGAACGAAAAGGCCAUGUCGUACAGACUAGUGGCUGUGGACUUCACCAAGAUGAAGAGAGGCAUCGAUGGCGUGAUGCGCACCAUGAACACAGAGAAGCUGAUCAAGACGCUGCCCAUCAUUCAGAAUCAGUUGGAUGCUCUGCUAGAUUUUCAGGCCAAUCCCAACGAGCUAACUAAUGGAGUGAUCAACUCGGCCUUCAUGCUGCUCUUCAAAGACUCCAUACGGCUGUUUGCUGCCUACAAUGAAGGAGUCAUCAAUCUUUUGGAGAAAUACUUCGACAUGAAGAAGAACCAGUGUAAGGAUGCUCUCGACAUCUACAAGAAAUUUCUUUACAGGAUGACGAAGCUAUCAGAGUUCCUCAAAGUGGCAGAGGCCCCCAGCAGCCUCCUGGAGGCUUUGGAACAGCACCUGGCCUCUCUGGAGGGCAAGAAGACAAAGGAGAUGAAUGCAGACACCAGAGCGUCCACUCUGUCGAGCGCCGUCUCUUCUCUGUCCUCCACCGGCAUGUCCUUCAGCCGCAUGGAUGAGAAGGAGAAGCAGCAGGCCCUGGAGGAGGAGCAGGCCAGACUGCAGGCGCUGAAGGACCAGCGUCUGAAGGAAAUCAGCAUGCAGACUCCUCCCGCCGCCUCCCCAGUCAGUCAGUCAGCAGGCAGUGCCAGCAACAACAACCACAUCACACAAACCCCAGAGCUGUUCAGCUCCACGCUGCCUGCCAACAGUUUGAACAGUGACCUUUUUGAUCUUCAACCGGCCUUCAUCCCUGCUGUGCAGAGCACUCCUUCCAUCUCCAACACCAAUAGUGCCUGGGGAGGACUGGAGAGCCAGCCGCUGCAGCAAACCUCCGCCGCCAUGACUGUAGAUUUCGAUGCUGUGUUUGGAAAUAAGGCCACUGCCAGUAACAACGGCCCCCAUCCUGCAGCUGGUUUCGACGCUCUGGGAGACCUGUUAAAGCCCACAGCUCCUACACACACCGCACCUCCUGUCCCUGCUCCUCAAAUGCCCGUCCAUCCUGGGGGAAAGCUGCUAGCCAACGACCUUGACUCCUCUUUGGCCAACCUAGUGGGCAAUCUGCAGUUUGGGAGUUCAGCCAAGAAGCCAGAUAUGCUGUGGAACCAACCCGGGGAGAAAAAGUUGACUGGUGGUCAGAACUGGCAAAACAAGACCAUGUCGACCACACAGUGGGGCCCUGCACCCAUGGCCCCACAGCCCUUGCCCGUGCAACAUGUGAAUGGAAUGUUCUAUACUAGUUAUGCUCCAGCUCCGAUGGCUUUCCCCAUAACCACACCGCAAGUGCCUGUGUAUGGAAUGGUCCCUCCUCAGAUGGCUCAGAUGGGCGGGGUGCCAGUGAUGGCUCCACAGCCAAUGAUGUACAACCAGCCUGUUCUCAGACCCACCAACCCAUUUGCACCCAUGCCAGGAGCCCAGAUGCAGUUUAUGUAAUCCAGCCAGAGGGGAAGCAGAGUGCCAAAAAGUAACUCACAGACAGCAGAAGGAAAACACGAGAGCGCGCUCAGAUGGAGGCAGAACCCAUUCGAUCACGCGAAAGAACUCCAGACACACCGAGGACAAGAAAUCACGACGAAGGAAAAAGAGGCUGAUACAAGCAAGAAGUAGACGACGGUCGGAGGGUUGAGACAUAAUCUGUGGCUGAUGAUUGUCUGAAACAACUCCGAUGUGUGAAUGUAGCUUCUGUGUGUUUUUUUUCCUGUGGGGUUUGAUGGAGCUUUGAGGAGAGGAGACUCUGGAUUUCUCUGGAUCUGACUGUGAAGAAGGGUCUCUGCUGCAGAACUAGCUUUACUUCAUACUGGUGCUAUUUUGUUCUCUCUGGGUUACCAUAUGCCUGCAACAGCAACUUGGGGAGCACUUCCGGAGGACAAAAGUGUGUGUGUGUGGGGAGGUGUGUGUGCACAGCAGUUGUUUCAGACAAUACAUUUUUAUAGCCAACUCCUUCUUCAUAUCCACCUUUGUUAGUGAUCCAUUAAGCACGACAUCCAGAGGCAAAUGGCCCCAAAUGUUUCCACUUUGCUGCGUCAAGUUACUAUUUCUCAACUUUUAUUUUUUCUAUUCUUUUGUUGGCCUUUCCUGCUCUAGUUUGUACAGAAUUGUUGGUAAUCUUUUAUUGUAUUGCAUUCCCAAAGUCGCAUAGGGAGACGGGGGGGGAUGGGUGGAAACGGGGGAUGGGUGAAAACGGCAAACAAACACUGCCUGGUGGCCGAAUCGCGCUAAAGAAAAGUGCAAAAACGCCCAACCGUCUGUGAAAGCGUUCGAUUUUGCCAGUUUAUGACCACCUUCACUUAAAAAGAUUUAAAAAAAUAACUGAUGUUUUUCUGAAAGGUGAACAAAUUUGAUUCAAACACAUCAAGGGAGCACAAUGCUGAGAACUGCAAGAACUAUCCGUUCUUUUUUUCUUCACCUCCCUGUUGGCUCUUUGUACGUAUCCAUCGUUAAAGCUACCAAAAUGUUGCUAAAAUCACUGUUACCAAUACAAACUGCUCCAUGUUUCAAGUGUGAAUUUGGACUCAAAAACAAUAGAAACGACCUAGCUACUGCAUUAAAGUUUCAAAAAGUGGAGAUAUACCACCUCAUGUCUCAGCCGUGAAAAGGUUUGUUGUCAUCAAGUUCAAUGAACUAUCUAUUCCAUUGGUUGCACCAACCAAUCAGCUUUCAGUAUUCUGGGUUCUGUACCUCUCUGCUUUUCACUAAGCUCUUUAAUGAAUCAAUCUCUGUCCUAAAACCUUCACCGAUUUAAUGAAGCCCCAGAAAUGUUGUGCGUCAGCUCUUGACGUGACGUAUAAUAAAUGAAAGAAAUGUAUAUUUUUGUUUCGCUGAGGAGCGUGUUUAUAGGAUUUAUUCUGUUUUGUGGAAACGUAGCUCAACGACCAGGUUGUGUCUGUGAUUGAGGACAGCAGCACUGAGUGGGUUUAGCGUCACUGAUUUAAGCCGAUUUUACUUUAAAUUGCACUGAAUCACAACAUCCAAAUGUCACCGAACACGGCUCAAAGUUUAACUCAUGGAAGAGUUUAUGGCUAUUCUUCAGCUGGAACAUCCGUCCCCUACUGGACGUUGAGGAAUUCACACUCGUAUUGUGUCAUGUUCGUCUUUCAAAGACGUUGCACUGAAGAAGCUGUCGUGCAGUUGGGGUAACUAAAGGUUUCAGCUGUCCGCCAUUUCGGUAAGCAACAGUUUUUCCCGCUCUCAUCAUGAGCUUUUUGCAGUCAUGCUCGCUAAACUUUUUCAUCCCAUCCAUCAGCGAUCGUCCACCGCCAAACUCUAGUCCGUCUGCGUCUAGAAUGCGUUCUUUUAUUGCCACCUUUUGAGUCAGUGUAGAUAGUAAACGUUUCAGAUCGUCUGCGUAGAUUUUGCUCGUAGAAGCUUCUAGUUCCAGUUAAGUGUUGUCGUCCCUCUACGUCUGAAAGUCGAACUUUCAGAGGCUCUCCGGGUCAGGACCAAGUUUUGGCCGAACUUUUUCUUCUUUCUAUCGACGAUGUUCUGUUAUUUUUUCUUCAUCUGCCCUUUUCUUAGGAUAUCCUAUUAGACCUACAGAUCAAAUUAACAAAAUAAUGGAAAUUAUGUUGAACAUACUCAAGCUAACAUCAAAGGGCUAGGAGUUUGUUGAAUAAAAUUCUACAAAUCUGAAAUAAUUUUUUAGAGAUCUAUUAAUUCAAUGGUUCCAAAGCCAAACACUGACUGUCAAUAAUGAGCAAAUUUUAGAAUACUCACUUAAACUUUCUUGCAAACUCCAACUUCUACAUAUACUUUUUUCUUGAAAAAAUGAUUAAACACCAUAUUUUAGACUUUAGGGAAUCAAAUCUUAGACAUCUUUCAUAGCAGACCAUCACUGGAAAUGGUUUUAAUUGACACGAGUGAUUGAAAUCAUGCUUUUGUAAAUGUAGAUAUCCCUAGCAUCAGUACCAACUCCUUUUGUUGAGUUCUUGACGAACCGGAGAGGCUUUCGUACCGUGUUUUCUGGAGGAAUUUGAUGCUCCGUCCAUCCCGAGUUAGUUGAUCCUGAACCCGCCAUUGGCUCCUUAAAGUAGCUCAGCUGAAUCCUUGGCUUUAAAGUGCACGGAUGCAGCUAUUUUUUUGUCAUCUUUACAUUUUUUUUGUGUCUGCAGGUUUUUUCGGAUGAUCAAACCAAAUUCCUCCAUGUUUAGGGUGGGGGAGGGGGGUCUCGGGACUCAUGGUUGUUACUGCCAGAAGUUGUUACAGCUUUAUCGCACAGCGGCUCAGCAUUUCAGCUCAGACUCUGUCGCUCUCUCGCUCCACCGCCGAUGAUUCCUAAGCUGUUAGGUCUCCGCAUUCAUGUAGCAGGAGUCUUAGCAGAAGUCCUCGAAUGUCUCUUUGGGGUGGGGGGGGGUUGUGUCUUUUUAAGACGAUGAUGGUAAACUCUCUUGUCUCAUCGUGCCCUUCUGAAAAAGGCCGAUCCUUUUGACAGGUUGAUCAGAAUUCCAACCGUUUGCAGACUCAUCACCUCUUUGACCUGCAGCUGACUGGAUUGUCUCCAGAAGUGAGCCACUGUUUUUUUUGUUUUUUUUUUUUCUCCAGCAUGCAUCUCUCUGACAGCUCUCUGCGUGCUUGAAAGGGCGUUUCACAAGAAUCCAAAAGAGACGCUGUGAUCGAUUUUACCUUGUUUUGUCAGUGAGUUGUUCCGAUCUAAAAACUUCAGUGCACAUUCUGUUUGUUUUUUAAUUUUAUUUUCUGUCUGCGGUAUAAACGUGCUAAAUGCUGCCUCGUUUUUCUGUAUAUAAAGAAAUCCACGUGCAACACGGCUUCAAAACAAAUGCUGCUUUCUUUCAAUUUCUUUCCAUUUCUUCUGGACGAUAUGUUAGCAUAGCAGUGUGUAGGUUACGGGGGGGUCAGCGGGUUAAUGCAGAUUCAUACAUCCAGAUCCGUCGUGUGAUGCCAAAUGUUUUCAAAGCAGAACCCCCCCCACCUGUUGAUCUGUCUUUCUCUUCUGUCUCUCUUUGUACAUUUUUUUCUAUUUAUUUAAUGCAGAAAAUAUAUGGAUUGUAUCAAGCAUGGAAAGGCAAACAAAUGUUACAGCUGACAGAAGUUACAGGCUUUUAUUUUACAGCAGUAUAUUUGUUUAUUAUGGAUAAAAAUUGUUUUCUCUCUCCUGGUUUUUGGAAGAAAUAAAGAAUCAUUUUCCAUUC